AGGAGUAUGUGGUAGAGGAGGAGGAGGAGGAAGAGGAGGAGGAGGAGGAGGGAGGUGUGUUGCUCUGCUGCUGCUGGAGAAAAUCCAGUCCAGACAGAUACUCCUCUCCAGCACGAUCAGGAGGCUUUAAAACCUCCAGCACCACAACAUUUUCUCCCUCUCUCCACGCUGACUCACUUUUAGAGGAGGAGGAAGCUCCCCAGACCUCUGCAAGCUCAUCCUUUUGUUCUCUGCAGAACACAAACGUCUGCAGAGACGUCGUCAGGACCUCAACCGGAAGUUUAAUCUGUGCGUCUGCAGGUCAGAUGUUAAUUACUGUCAGUCCAAAGUUGUUUUUUACAGAUCGUUUGAGAUCACGGAGUUUAUCUGAUCUGUCUCUUCCCAGUCUGCGUUGUGUUUUUCAUUUGGAGAAAUGAGGGCCGAGUUGCUGGUCGUCUGGGCUGGUUUGACCCUGAGCUGCGCUCUGGUCGGAGCUCGAGAUGAUGUGCAGGAGAACGAACUCUCCAGAGGUCGGAUUCACGUGAGAGAAACCCAAGGACUGGUGGAGCGAGGGAGACAGGGGGAGGAAGACGGCAUCCAAAUGUCAGACGAGCCUGCUGAACUGGUGGAGGAGAGGACAAAACCAAAGAAGAAGAAGACACCUGAGGAAAUUGAGGCAGCCAGAGCAAAGAAAGCAGCAGAGAGGGAAGCCAAAGCAAAGAAGCAGAAAUCCCCGAAACCCACCAAGAAGCCCAAAGCACCGAGGCCCACCAGAAAACCCAAAGCACCAAAACCCACCAAGAAGCCGAAGGUGCCCAAAGCCACCAAGAAACCAAAGGAGACGACCACGACGCAGCCAGACGUCAAGAGUCCUUCUCUGGACGAGGAAGAGGAGCGUCUGCUGAUUGAACUGGGCUGGGGCACGUUGGCUCGACCUCUGACCCCAAACGGACCUGGAGUGGAAGAGCCAGUCGAGCCGGACCUGGAUAGGAUGCGUGGUAGAUAUCCUGCUACAACUACUGAGGCCAUCAUGUAUAUACCAGAGGAGACCACCGGCACCCCGUAUGUCGUGCCCUGGUAUGAAGAGUAUGAUUACGCUGACCUGGCUGCAAAGAAACAAGAAGAGGAGGAGGACAGAGCUCGAAAAGAAAAGGCAGAAAAAGCCGAGCGGCUGAGGAAGAAGUGGGAGGAAGAGGAAGAGGAGCGACUGAAGCAGAUCUCACUUCCUGUUGAACUCAAAAAGUGUCCUCCUCUGGGCUUGGAGUCCCACCGGGUGGAGAACGACCAGCUGCUGGCUUCCUCUCAGUCUCACUACGGGUUCGCGGCUCAGAGGGGACGACUAAACAUGCAGGGCUCUGGGAAUGACGACGACCUGUACGGCGGCGCCUGGUGUGCAGAGUCAGAAGAGGGCAACCACUGGUUCGAGGUCGAUGCCCGCCGAGAGGUGGAGUUCACCGGGGUCAUCACUCAGGGACGGAACUCAGAGCAAAUUGAGGAUUUCGUGUCCUCCUACUUUGUGGCCUUCAGCAACGACAGCCGUGACUGGACGACACUUCACGACGGAUACGCUGAAUGGUUGUUCUAUGCGAACGUGGACAAGGACACGCCGGUGUUGGGUCAGUUCGCGGCACCCGUGGUGGCGCGAUACAUCCGCAUCCUGCCUCAGAGCUGGAACGGCAGCUUGUGUCUUCGGGCCGAGGUCCUGGCCUGUCAACUCCCCAGCACCUACCGCAGUGAGAAUGAAGUCAACCCAUCAGACGACCUGGACUUCCGACACCACAACUACAAGGAGAUGAGACAGAUGAUGAAGGUGAUAAACGAAGAGUGUCCCAACAUCACCAGGAUCUACAACAUCGGUAAAAGCUCUCAGGGCCUGAAGAUGUACGCCAUGGAGAUCUCCGACAACCCCGGAGAGCACGAGACGGGUGAGCCUGAAUUUCGGUACACAGCCGGACUCCACGGCAACGAGGCGCUGGGUCGAGAGCUCCUCCUCCUGCUGAUGCAGUUUCUGUGCAAGGAGUACAGAGACGACAACCCCAGAGUGCGCCGCCUGGUGGACGGAGUGAGAAUACACCUGGUGCCUUCGCUCAACCCCGAUGCUUACGAGCUGGCCUACGAGAUGGGCUCGGAGAUGGGGAACUGGGCUCUGGGCCACUGGACCGAAGAAGGUUACGACAUCUUCCAGAACUUCCCAGACCUCAACAGCAUCCUGUGGGGAGCCGAGGACAGGGGCUGGGUCCCUCGCAUCGUGCCCAAUCAUCAGAUCCCCCUCCCAGAGAACUUCCUCAACGGCUCUCUGGGUACGGAGACAAAAUCCAUCAUUUCCUGGAUGGAGCGCACCCCGUUUGUGCUGGGAGCCAAUUUGCAAGGAGGAGAAAAACUGGUCGCGUACCCUUUUGACAUGCAGCGUCCAUCAAUUUCCUCAACCGAUAGCCGGCGUUGGAGAAGCAACGGCGACAUGAACGAGGAGACGUGGGCUCGCAUUCAGCGGCAGAACGAGGGAUCUCUGAGGGAGACGCCGGACGACGCCAUGUUUCGAUGGUUGGCCAUGUCGUACGCCCACAGCCACCUGACCAUGACGGAGACCUACCGGGGCUCGUGCCAUGGAGACGACGUCACUGGGGGUCAGGGCAUCACCAACAGGGCCAUCUGGGAUCCAGUGGUGGGCAGCAUGAAUGACUUCAGCUACCUGCACACCAACUGCUUCGAGCUGUCCGUCUUCUUGAGCUGUGACAAGUUUCCCCAUGAGAGUGAACUGCCUCUCGAGUGGGAGAACAACCGCGAGUCUCUGCUGUCCUUCAUCGAACAAGUACAUCGAGGGAUAAAAGGUGUCGUGAGAGACGUGGAGGGAACUCCGCUGCACAACGCCACCGUAUCUGUAGAGGGAAUACGGCAUGACGUCAAAACCGCUGCAGGUGGCGAUUACUGGCGGCUGCUAAACCCCGGGGAGUUCAGGGUGACCGCCAAGGCCGACGGCUACACCCCUCAGACCAGACUGUGCAUGGUGGGCUACGACUCCGGAGCCACCUCGUGCAGCUUCUCCUUGGCCAAAUCCAACUGGGACCGCAUCAAGCAGAUCAUGGCGCUCCACGGCAAGAGGCCCAUUCGGCUGGUGCCCAAAGUAAACGUGGCGAAGACAACGGCGGCCACCAGCCCCGCGGCCCCGACCAUCGACAGUCACUCCGCCGGCCAGAACGCCGAGCGACUCAGGAGGCUCCGGAUCAUGCGUCUACGCCGGCUGCGUCAGCAGAGAUUAAGAGCCAGUCUUAGCACCACUCCGUCCACCACAACAACAACAACAACAACAACAACAGCCCCCACGACGAUACCGGAGACCGUGAGAACCACUUCCUGGUACGACUCCUGGUUUCCGGUGGACAGUUGGAUGACCGAGAACCCGUUCGAUAGCGUCAUCUUUGACUCGGUGCCCACACAGGACUAUCCCUUUGAAUACACUAUUGAUUGAUUACUACAUUCUCUAUAAGACCUUAUUAACCACUUCAGUCUGCUGCAACAUCACAGCUUUAAAAGAAAACACACAACACGUUAAAUAUUUAGUUCUCAGAGAGUUUCAACUAGUCGGGUAAAGAUUGACUACGUUUAUAUGAACCAAAUAUUCUGAAGAAGAAGAUAUUCAUAAUAAGCCGUUUACAUGGAAAGAGACUCGUAUAGUGA